ACCCCAAUCCCAACCGGCGCCGAGGCCGAACGAGCCCCCGCUCCCCCGCGGCGGGCGAUGAAGCCCGCGGCCUCCGGCGCUGAGGGGCCAAGCGGAUCCCGCCGCCGGGGUGUGAGUGUGAGGAGUGACUACCCCAUGUUGUGUUGAUGCCAGUCUGCCAUGCUAGCCUGUCUGCCAGGGCCAGGUGACCUGUCCUUUCAGCUUCUUUCUCACACGCAGAUGAACACUGGACUACAGAAAUGGGACACUACCCAGAAGAUGAGAGCUGCUCACUGCCCCACUCCAGCCGAAUUGGAUGCGUAUGCUAAGAAGGUCGCCAACCACCCACUGACUAUAAAAAUCUUCCCCAACAGCGUCAAAGUCCCCCAGCGGAAACACGUCCGUCGGACGGUGAACGGCCUGGACACGUCGGGCCAGCGGUACAGCCCCUACCCGGCCCAGGCCGGCGCCAAGACCGGCCUGCUCGCCAUCGUCAAGGCGCCGGCGAAAGGUGUCGUCAAAGACUUUGACGGGUCCCGCGCCCGCCUGCUCUCGGAGGCCGCCAUGAACCCGCCGGCCGCCCCCUACGCCGCACCGAGCACUUUAGCCCACUCCCACGCCCACGCCCAGGCCCAGGCCCAGGCCCUGGCCCGCCAGCAGGCCCUGCAGCACGCACAGACGCUGGCCCACGCGCCCCCGCAGGCACUGCCGCUCCCUCAGGGUAUCCCGCCGCCGCCCCCCCAGGGCCUGCCCCCACCCCCUCAAGCCAUGGCCCACCCGGGCCUGCAGCACCUGCCGCCCGGCCUGCCCGGGGCCCGGAAGGCGCCGCCGGACGCCGAGGCCCCGCCCAACGUGACCGUGUCUACCUCAACCAUCCCGCUGUCGCUGGCGGCCAGCCUGCAGCAGAGCCAGCCCCCGGACCUGAGCAGCAUCGUCCACCAGAUCCACCAGUUCUGCCAGACGCGGGCGGGCGUCGGCACUACCUCAGUGUGCGAGGGGCAGAUCGCCAACCCCAGCCCCAUCAGCCGGAACCUGCUCAUCAGCGCCAGCACCCGGGUCUCCUCCGCCCACCACGGCCCCCCCGCCCUCCCCGCCGCCGCCGCCCCCCUGCCGCCGCCCCCCUGCGGGGUGGGCGCCGCGGACCACCCCACCCUGGGCCUGCCGCUGGCCGCCCUCGGCCGGGCGCCCGCCGGCUACCCGGCCGACCUGAAGCCCGCAGCCUGGAAUCAGCACCAGCUGGCCCACCUGCAGCAGAUGUGCGGCGACGCGGGCGGCCCCGCCGGGCUGACGGGCAAGCACGCCGCCGGGCGCGAGGCGGCCGGCUUCCCGGCCAAGCCCGCCGCCUACCCGCCGGAGCUGUGCCAGCUGGGCCAGCCCUUCCACCUGAAGGCCGCCCCCCUGGAGAAGCCGACCCCCUCCCCGCCCGUCAACGGGCUGGCGGGCCCCCUGCCCUACACCAACGGCCACUACUUCCCGCCCCUGUGGAACAACAUCCUGCCCACGCCCAACAGCGACAGCUCGGGCUCCCAGGACCUCGCCGGGCCCUUCCACGGCGGCGGCCAGCCCGCGGGCGCGCCCCUCGACUGCUCCGCGCCCUCCCACUACCGCCCGGGCCCCGGCCCCGCCGGCUGCGGCGGUCCCGGCGGCGGGGGCUGCGGCGGCGGGGGAGGGGCCGUGGCCCCCCCGGCCGGCCCCGCCCAGAACGGCCUGAUGCAGACCAUGGACUACCUGAGCGGCGGGGACUACCAACAGGCCUGCUUCCGCGAACAGAGCCUGGCCCUGCUGAGCAAGGCCCCCCUGGCCCACCGCCCGCCCCAGCCUGCAGACAGUCGCAACAUCCACGGCCAGCAGCACCCCGGCUACAGAUAAACCGCCGACCCCCGCCCUCCGCCCUCCCCUCUCCCCCUUUCCCCUUCCUUCUUUGCCCGAGGAACACACGCACACACACGCCGCCCGCGCGCCCGCGCACACUCACAAUCCUAGGUCUAGUCUUCAUUUUAUCAAGUAAGCAGGGCAUCUGCAUCUGUCAGGCUGGGUGUGAUCGGUUGUCGCACGGUGCCUCCUGACGGUCUGUUCUGCUGGGGUCUGGCGGUGCCCAGCUGUCCCCUCGCACCCUCUUUUCCCCCCGCUUCUCCGUUCCCCGGCAACGCAGGUCCCUGUUUGUUUCCCGUUUUGCAGCCGGGCCCUCGGUUUCCCAUCCGACAGUCUCUGCCCGCCCUCCCACCGUGCCGCUCUCCUCCAGGCCGGAUUUCUGUCCUCCCCUUCCCCGGGCCGCGGCUCGCUCUCUGUCACCCCGUCUUUCUGGCUGGGCCGGGAGGGCUCCCCAAGAGAGCUUAGGGUCCCAACAGCCCAGAGGUGCAGGUGGGAGGGGAGCAGAGGCCCAAGGGCUCUGCGUGGAGAGCGGCCCGGCCCAGAAACGGUUGGGAGGGGGCUCGAAGCCCAUGGGUUCGGGGUGCAGACCCCGCCACAGGGAUCGUCCCCUGGCUCUCCGGGCCGCAUCCCCAAAACGAGCGGAAAUGCCUUGCCGACAGGUUCACCCUGACCCCUCUCCCCUCCCUCCAGGAGUUUGCUGCUCGAUUGGAGAGACCAGUUAAAACACUAACGAACAAAGUGGGUCUGGCUCCCCCUUGUCAUGUGGUCUCCCCCCACCCCAGCCCCCUUCCGGACCCUCCUCCCCUAACCCCCCUCCCAUCCCAGAGGAGCCUGAAUAGAUAACGAUCACGCUGCUUCGGGGAAUCUAAAUCCCCCGAAACCAAGUGAACGACAUUGGUUCUUUCUAUGUACACUGGCUAAGAAUAUUGCUCUCUACACUGUAAGUUUUAAGUGUAAUAUUUCUGUAUGAAUGUAGUGUGGGUUUGAGUAGCAUUUGUGUACGAGUGGACCCACAAGCACAUGAACCCCACUGGCCGCCUCUUGUCACAGUCCCUCGAUGUAAAAAGAGAAACACAAAGCCUUAAGCUCUGCGAACGGUCCUUGAAGAAACGAGCGUGGUUUCAAAAUCCGGAGACUGACUGGUGUCCCCCACCGUCCCCCGUUCCCUCCCUCCCCAGUUCCCGAGGGACUUCCUAGUUGGCUUAGAGACAUUUUCCGUCAAGGAAAGCCGAGACGGCCGCUUCGGUGUAAGUUUCUUCUCCCUCCUU